AUGAGCUAUUCCACGGAGACGGCUCUUCAUGCAACUGUGUCGUUUAUCGAGGAGCAGUUGGAGAGAGGCGGCUAUGCGGUAGGCACCUUCCUAGAUAUAAAAGGUGCUUUAAACAACACCCCGCACAAGGUGGUGUGUGAAGUAGCGUUGCACAGGGGUGUGCCGGAGAAACUCGUUGAGUGGAUUUGGGGCAUGCUAGAGCGACGGAUUGUAGCAUCGCUGGGAACAGCAAAGGUUAGCGGAUGGGUGGAGAAGGGGUGCCCCCAGGAUGGGAUGCUCUCUCUACUGCUAUGGCGCUUGGUGGUGGAUGGGCUGCUCGAAAGGCUGAGUGAGAAGGGCUUCUUUGUGCAGGGUUACGCGGAUGACGUGGCUCUACUGGUGCGGGCACCCUUUCUUGGGCCUCUUUUGGAGCUCAUGCAAAGUGCACUAGGAACGGUGGUGCAGGGGAACCGGUUUAUCAGUGAACUCGCUGAAAAUAAGGCUCAUUGUCUUCACACGCAGAUACAAAACUGGAAGGGGCCCGAGGCGCUGGAUCGGGCCUGGGAUAGGGACCUCUGGUUCACAGACGGCUCCAAAACAGACACGAGCUCCGGUGCGGGUAUCGUUUGUCGUCAGGGGAAAGUGGCGGAAAGCCUGUCUCUGGAUGGGUUUGCCACAGUAUUUCAAACAGAGAUUGUGGCGAUUCUAAGAUGUACCCAGCAGGCCCUGGAAAGAAGAGAAACGGUUGGGCGCGACUGCAGGAAUGCACUGGAGGAGCUGGUAAGGGAUAACGAAGUUGUCUUGACCUGGGUCCCCGGUCACUCGGGGAUCGAGGGCAAUGAGGAAACUGACCAGCUCGCCAGAGCCGCAUCAAAAAUGGAGAUGUUUGGGCCGGGACCGGCGCUGAGGUCCCCCUUCUGUUUAGGCAGGAGGAGGAUCCGGGUCUGGUUGCGGGGCGAGCACCUCGAGUUCUGGAGAAAUGAGCUAAAGACCAAAUGUCGACAGGCCUGGUCUCUGCUGGGAGAAACACCUAGCAAGGGCCUGGUCAGAGACAUAAGGUCCUUGAGUAGAAAGGACGCCAGGCUAGCGGUGCAAAUACUGACUGGUCAUGAGGCCCUCAAUUAUCACAUGCACAAACUGAGUCGAUCCGAUACGGCCGAGUGUAGGGCUUGUGGGGAAGAAGAGGAGACAAGUCUUCACAUUCUUUGUGAGUGCCGACCUAUGCGGGGCUGA